UACACGGCUGGAUCACUCACUCACUCACACACACAGACGCCAGGUACUCACAAAAACUCCGAAUCACAUCUGACACCAUGAGCGCCGAGAACAAGUCGCUGGACCUUGAGAGUGGAGCAGUAUUUGUCGUCAGGCAGUCGGAGCCGAAGAGAAGCUGUUUCUGGCCGUCCCUGUGUGCGGUGGCUGUGCUCGGCUUGUUGGCUGUGUCUUCCUACCUCGCACUCUGUCAGCUCGGAGUUCUCCCUUCCAAGCAGGAAUUAAGACAGAAUUCGAACGUGGCAGCAGCUCCCCAGAACAGUGGUUUGCCUCAUCUCAUGAAGCAGGUGGGAAAUGACCCGAGGGGAAGAAUCGCAGCUCACCUGACAGCUUCACCAAUCAGCAGAGAAAAGAAGAUCUUUUGGCAGAAUGAGGCGGACUCCACCUUCAUCAAGGGUGUAGAGUUCAGGGACAACAGUCUCGUCAUCAAGACCCCUGGUCAGUACUUUGUUUACGCCCAGGUGGUCUUCUACAGCAAGGGCUGUCAGGACAAGGCCAUCUAUCUGAGCCAUGAGCUCGUCAAGCUGUCACCGAGUUAUCCAGAGGAAGCCUUGUUACUGAAGGCCACCAAGUCCGCCUGCCAUUACCACCAGCAUGGAGAGCACUGGUACAAAACCUCCUACCAGGGAGCCAUAUUUGAGUUUGAGGAGGGAGAUCAGAUCUUCUCCAGGGUUAAUGAGGAGGUGGUGGGAUACGUCGACACUGCCCAGGGAAAGAGUUUCUUUGGAAUGUUUGCUGUAUAAGGAUCUUGCGUCGCCCCUAGUGAUUAACAGUUACUGAGAAUUUCAAAUUGAAAUGCAGCAAAAACUGUUUAGGGCACAUUGUCCUAUCUGGCACUAAUUGGACAGGGAGAUUCAAUUCUCUUUCAUUUUAUGUAAAGACUUACAGAGACAAAAAUGAUCAAAUGUGUUAGGGUUUUAGAAUUGGAUAGUGUGAUGGGUUAUCACACUGAACUUUCAGUAACGUCACUCCAGAUUCCUGCACAGCACAGAGUGUUGCUCAUUAGGGGGCGCUAUGCUUGGACCCAUCUGGCAGAAUAGGCUAGAGGGGCUGAAUGGCCUCCACCUGUCCCUAUGACAUUCCUGUACUCCCACAUACCUUUACCACUGGGAACAGAUGUAGGUGAAUCACUGCUGUGCCGGAUUCUUCACGUUUCAUGAGCUGAAUUGUGUUGCAAACGUGUAAAGAGAUGGUUGCACAAUAAUUGUUCUCCAAAUAAGCUGAAUUUCUCAUUUCAGUGAACUAUGAAAGCAACUGGUUCUUUAAUUUAUUUCUUAUUUAAAUGAUAUUUAAUGUUCAUGUUAUUUAAACUGGUGCUCUUCGGGGAGAGAGUAAUUAGACAAUCCAAAGAGUUUACUAGCUCAGGUCUGAUAUUCAGGCUGGUUAGCCUGUGGUGCCAGUUAUUGGUCCUUGAAGAGUAUGGGCUAUGCCUUACCAUCUAUUUGUGUUAUGAUAUCUCUGAUACCUUUGUGAAAACACAGUAAUGUUUCUCGUGUAAAGUCUCUGAGCUUUCGGUUGGGUGAUAAAGCCAGCCAAGCUCCCAGCAGCCAAUUGGCCUUCCACCUCUACAAUGCCAUUGGUUAACUUUUCAUAGGAUCUUAACCUUUCUAGAAUAUGUGUGGUUAACACUUAACCAAUUAAGAUGGGGUGAGAAGACUCACCAAACACUACAAAAACCAUUUUUAAAAAAUGUACGAUGGUGAAUAAUUUGAAGAAGCUGUCGGUAGUUUAUUACUGUUUUGACUGGUCAUUAUUUGAAUGGAACAUGUGCUGCUCUGAUCUAUUGCUGGGGUUGUUUGUCUCUCCGGAGAACUUACAUUCUCCCAGUGCCUUGCAGCCUCCAUUUGUCAUUCUUCAGACUGGGUAACACGCAGUGAUCCCAGCGAGAAAUCUAAUUGGUUCUACACACCAAGAGAUAUUUUUUACCUAGAAUGUUGGGCUGGUGAAUAUUAUUUGUGCUUCAUUGCCCAAAAUCUGUGUUUUAUUUAAAAUGUAACAUCUGGUUUAAAAAUAUCUCUCAGUGGUGUAAAUACUGUCAAGCUUAGAAUGUUCCAGGUUGAUUUAAGUUACUAUUUAAUUGUAUUUAUCAAGUAUCAUAUUUAUACUAUUUAUUAUUUAAAUUAUUAUUUACUUCUGCAUGGGUGUACAGAAAUUAAUAAAAAUGUUUUAAGAAAA